CAGUACUUCUCAGCACAAGUUUAUUUUAACAAUGCCUAAGCCUGGUUCUGGUAUUGAACUCUUCACUGUUCAGGCAAAGCCUGUACUUGUUGCUGUCUCAGCCUGACAUUACUGUGCUUUACCUUGUCCUGGCAGAGGCUUCACACAGUACCCCUUGCAAUACAUGCAGGUGCAGCUUCUGUGCUAAUAAAGCUCCUGCUAACAGAAGAUGGUGACUUAAGUUUUGCAGGGCAGCCAAAAUCACAUAACCUAUCUAAAGAAUGAAAAGCUGGAUUGUACUGCUGGCUGUUGUAGUCAGCACAGCAGGAACACAGAGCCAGGACGCCUGCACCCAAGGGUAUCCUGGCAUCCCUGGCAAUCCUGGGCACAAUGGCAUACCUGGUCGGGAUGGACGUGACGGGACAAAAGGAGACAAGGGAGAUACAGGUGAACCAGGAAUUCCUGGAAGUCCAGGAAAAGAUGGUGUCAAUGGAGAGAAAGGUGAACGAGGAACCAAUGGGACUGUUGAAGAGAAGGGGAACAAAGGAGAUAAAGGAGAAAGAGGACCACCUGGGAAACUGGGACCAAAAGGAUUUAUAGGAUCAGUGGGUUACAAAGGUCAGAAGGGAGAGCUGGGACUGCAAGGACAAAAGGGGUUAAAAGGAGACAUUGGACCCAUAGGUCCAAAAGGGACAAAGGGUGAAAUUGGCCAUCCUGGAAGAGUCGGUUUCCCAGGGCCGAUUGGCCCAAUUGGUAAUCCAGGUCCUAAAGGUAAUAUUGGAGGUAUAGGACCACAGGGUAAUCCAGGAGUUCAGGGGGAAAGAGGCUUGAAAGGAGACAGAGGAGACAAGGGGGAGGUAGGUGUUGCCCCAGGAGCCCUGCCAAGGAGUGCUUUCAGUGUUGGCCUUACUGCCAACACCAAGUUUCCCCCUCCAAAUCGCCCAAUCAAGUUUGACAAGGUGCUGUAUAACAGUCUGAAUGACUUCAGCUCAGCUACUGGCAAGUUCACCUGCAAACACUCCGGCGUUUACUAUUUCACCUACCACAUCACUGUCUACUCGAGGAACGUGCGAGUAACUCUCGUGAAGAACGGCAUCAAGAUGCUGCACACGGUGGACAGGUACCAGAGCGGAGAGGACCAGGCCUCAGGAGCUGCCAUCCUCGAGCUGCAGGGAGGAGACGAGGUGUGGCUGCAGGCCCACCAAGGAGAGGCUUUCAAUGGGCUCUAUGCAGAUGGUGAUGAUGAUACCACCUUCUCUGGGUUCCUCCUGUUCAGCACUGCUGACCCACUGGAGCCACUGCUGCUGCACGCCCCGUAG